AACACACUAAAACCUUUUCAAACAACCAAAAAAAGAAAGAAAGAAAAAGGAACCAAAACAAAAAACCCAAAAGAAAAAACCCCAAAAAAAUGAAAUAUUGCAUUAAUGCCCUCGGGCUUACAAGACUGGUAAUUUUUCUAUCAGCUUUUGCAGCCAUCUUCGCCUCAUCGCCGCAGGUUCCGACCGAAAAGUCGCAAUUAGACGGCUGGUUUUGGGAAAAUGUGAAGCCAUUUGCCGAUCGUAAGGCGGGGCUUGAUCCGGCGCUUGUGGCUGCGGAAGAAAAGGCCACCGUGGUUAAAGUAAGGGCCGACGGAAGUGGAGAUUUCAAGACUGUCACCGAAGCCAUUAACAGCGUGCCAGCUGGCAACACUAGACGUGUAGUGAUUUGGAUUGGAGAAGGAGUUUAUAAAGAGAAGCUUAAGAUUGAUAGAAAUAAGCCGUUUGUUACUCUUUAUGGGUCUCCUAAUAAGAUGCCUAAAUUGACUUUUGAUGGUGAUGCUGCCAAAUACGGCACCGUUUAUAGUGCUACCUUGAUUGUUGAGUCUGAUUAUUUCGUUGCGGCCAAUCUCAUCAUCGAG